AUGGAGGCGAUAGGAGUUGCCAGCAGCAUUGCUGGCUUGGUCAGCCUCGCUGAUUUAAUCGUUGUCAAGAUUUCACGUUUCUAUUCCCUUGCGAAGGGAGCUCAGGCCGAGAUCAAAGAGCUGCUUCUCGAGGUACAGAGCUUGUACGGAGUCUUAAAUAGCCUCUGGCUCUUGGCUCGGUGUCUCGAGCAGAAUCACGACUCAUCUGAAGACGACUCAGCCAGCGCGCCCCGCAUGGAACAUUUUCAGACAUGCCGGAAAAACCUCGACUUUCUGACCAAAUCGUUGAGUAAGUUUGACUUGGAUCAGUCGAAGACUUUGGCAGCUACCAGAAUCAGUCUGAAGUGGCCGUUCAAAGUACAUGAGAUUAGAGAUCUUGUGGAGAAAAUCGUGAGGAACAAAAGCGAUCUCUCAGAUGCGUUGACGGCCGAUGGAUUGUGA